AUGUACCAUGGUUAUCGAUUGAUGGGGUACCCGAUCUACAGUAAUAGUGGAUGGGAUGAUUAUCAUUAUGCUUUUCGAUUGGAUCAGGAUCCUCGUAAUGUAUUCUUGGCUGGAGGUGCACCUUGGCCAUAUCAUUAUGACUUUGCUCCCAGCAGGAUCGGCACAGGAGUAUUCAUUCCCAGGUUGGAUCAAGGGACUGGAGUAUUCCAUCCUAAUUUGGAGCUUCUGGGGACUCCCAACAGAGCUGAACGAGAACAAAAUGUGGUGAUUCCCGACAGAGUUAAUAGAGAAAGGAAUCUUGUGAAUCCCAGCACAGUUGAUCGAAGAAGCAGUCUUGUGAGUCCCAAUGGAAAUGAUCGAGAAAGCAAUCUUUUUUGUAUUGAUUCCCUUCCAGAUGAGUUGCAAGAGCUGGUUUUGUCUUUUCUUCCGCUUCCGUGCAUAAUUGGAUCUUCUUGUGUUUCUAAGAAAUGGAAGCAGAUUAUUCACUCAGGAAAGUUCAAGAUGAAGUGUGCUGAAAUUUUGUCCAAGAAACCUUGGUACUUCAUGUUUACAAACUCUGACGAGCCUACUGCUAGCAUAUACAAUCCUCUACAGCGCCAUUGGUCUGAUUUUGAAUUCCCUUUCAAAAUUAAGCAUAGUGGGAAAAUUGCGGCAUCCUGUGGUUUAAUCUGCAUGAUUGAGGAAACUGAUUGCAACUCUGAGAUUUAUAUAUGUAAUCCCAUGACCAGAAGGUGCAGAAAAUUUGAGGAACAAUUCGGGGUACAAGAGUCGACGUAUAGCAGUCUUGCCUUUUCUGUCGAUAAGCCAUCAUCUGAAUACACCAUUGCAAUUGUGAGGUCCUGGCAAGUCCAUGAUACUAUUUCUUAUUGGUAUACGUCGAUUCACAUUUAUAAUUCAGGAAGUAUGACUUGGUUACCUCCUAUGUGUGAAACAUUAAGUGGGUGGCGCGCAGGAAAUGAUAGCAUUGUUUUUGAUGGGGUUCUUCAUUUUGUGGUUACAAAAAAUGGUAUGCCUAAUACCCAUGCAUUGUUAAGUUACAAUAUAAACAGCUCAUCUCCUGACUGCAACUUAAUGACAACCUUGAACCCCAUUCCCUUCUCCCUCACUUGUGUGCGCCUGAUGAACGUCCAAGACAAGAUUGUUAUGGUGGGAGGUCUUGGUAGUCAUGAUGUCCCGGAAAAGAUUGGCAUCUGGAUGCUUAAAGGUACAGAAUGGGAAGAGGUUUCAUGGGUGCCUGACACUUUCUUUAAGGGGUUCGGAGAAGUUGAUGAUGUAUUUGCAAGCAGCGGUACUGGGGAUCUUAUUUACAUCCAAGCCUAUGGAUCACCAUCACUUCUUGUUUUUGAUAUGAAGUCGAAAGCAUGGAAAUGGUGCCAGAAAAAACCUCAGUAUAAGAAGAGGUAUGCCCUUCAGCUUUUCUCAGGCUUCUGCUUUGAACCUCGGCUAGAUAUUUCACCCUGA